GCAAAAAUGGGAAGAGCUCCUUGUUGUUCCAAGGUCGGUUUACACAGAGGAGCAUGGUCUGAUGAAGAAGAUAAACUUCUUACCAACUACAUUCAAACCCACGGUGAAGGUCAAUGGCGUUCCAUGCCCUCCAAAGCCGGAUUGCUUAGAUGUGGAAAAAGUUGCAGGCUGAGAUGGAUGAAUUAUCUCCGGCCAGGUAUCAAGAGAGGAAACUUCACCGCCGAUGAGAAUGAAACCAUCAUUCGUCUCCAUUCUAUCCAUGGCAGCCGAUGGUCAUUCAUAGCCACCGAACUCGCGGGUCGAACCGACAAUGAGAUCAAGAACCACUGGAACUCGCAUCUUAAAGAGAAAGUGCUCCAGCCGGAAGUCCCCAAAAGAAUUAAAAAACCCAAAAAGAAGGUACAUAACAAGUCAAAAACCAAAGUGUUGGAAGUUGCAGAGAGAGCUGUCGAAAUUGUUCCUGAUCAGCCUGCUUCAUCCACUUCAUCUUUGAGUUUAAGAAAGAGUACGAGUUUUGAUAAUGGAGCUUCGAGUGGUGAAUCAUCAAGCUGCACAUUUGAAGCUGAUCCUGUAACGACGGACUUCCGGUGGCCGGAGCUGUUUGACAUGGAGGGUGCAUCAAGUGUUGAUGGUCUGAAUAUGGACGGCUUUGAUUUACUAAUGUUGAAAGAUGAUGAAAGUGAGAUGCUUGAGAAGCUAUAUGAUGAGUGCUGGCUUCUGCUCCAAGAUGGUGAUGGAGAUGGAGAUGCAAUCAUGUAAUCAAUCAUGCUCUACUUUAAUUUACAUCUGAAUUUUGCUCCUUGUAAUUUUC